AUGUCACACAACAUCGGUUUCCGAGAAAAGGACCACAAGCUGAAAACUUUCCACUCGAUCGAACCAAUCGCUGCUCGUAUGUCCUUUCAUGGUAAAGUAUGUCAAAUCAUGAACACGGAAAUACGCAGCAAAGACCUUGUUACUCAAAGACCCAGCUACUCUCUGACAGUCACCAUCAGACCAUCAGACCACCAGAUGGACAGGCUGUGUGUUGCUCUGAUUGCAUUCUUAUGUGCUGUUUCCUCCAGUCAGGAUGGGAUCUCUGCAGCAGAGGUGGAGCUGAGAGUCAGACCAGGAGACAACAUCACUCUCUACUGUGACUGUAUCAUAACUACUGGAGUAUACAUUAUGUGGUAUAGGAACUGUUCUCACAAGUACCAGCCGCGUCUUGUUAUUUCGACAGACAAGGUUUACGUUAAUCUUCAAGAAAAUUCUGAUAAUCCCAACCCUUUCCCUGGAUACAAUGUGGUGUGGAACCCCUCUAACAACUCCCAUGAUCUACUGAUUGAGAACAUCACUGGAUCUGACCUGGGACUCUACUACUGUGGGACUGUGGAGUACAAGGUGGAGGAUGAUGGAGGGAAAGGAGCAGUAGAUAAUUGA